GCACUUUUCUUGACUUCAGAGGAGCAGAUUUAUUUCUGGGUUUAAAUACAUCAUCUUUAUACUGGAAAGAAAACAGCAGACAGGGACAGCAAGAGAACCCCAGAGCAGCGAUGAGCCCUGGUCCCUGCAUGGCAUGCGGGGCACUGCCUUCCUCCCUGCUCCUCCUCCUCCUCCUCUUCCUCAGCCCCAAUGGAAGCUCCGAGCCCGCUCCGCCACCAUUCCCAGAGCUGCGCCUGGCAAACGGGCCCAGCCGGUGCCAGGGCCGCGUGGAGAUCCUGUACAACGGCUCCUGGGGAACCGUGUGUGAUGACGACUGGGACAUUGCUGAUGCCAAAGUGGUGUGCCGGCAGCUGGGAUGUGGCCACGCCAUCGCCCUGCCGGCACCCAUGACUUUUGGCCAGGGGAGGGGGCCCAUCUUCUUGGACAACGUGGACUGCAAGGGCCAGGAGGCGGCGCUGAGUGAAUGCAGGAGCAAUGGCUGGGGCGUGCACAACUGUAACCACUAUGAGGAUGCCAGUGUUGUCUGCAAUGAGCUCUCCCCCACAUCAGCAAGCGAAGGACCGACCAGCAGGACUGCCACGGCCUCAGUGCAGAAUGGGGAAGGUGACGGCCGCAUCCGGCUGGUGAGCGGGGCAGACCCCUGCCAGGGCCGCGUGGAGAUCUUCUACCAGGGGAGCUGGGGCACGGUGUGUGAUGAUGACUGGGGGCUGAGCGACGCCAGCGUGGUCUGCAAGCAGGUGGGCUGCGGCCAGGCUCUGGAGUACAAAAGCAACGCUUAUUUUGGCUACGGCACCGGGCACAUCCUGCUGGACAACGUCAACUGCGAGGGCAGCGAGCCCAUCCUCUCCGCCUGCUAUAGCCUCGGCUGGGGCAUCCACAACUGCGGCCACCACGAGGAUGCCGGGGUGAUCUGCAUGGGUCUGGACACAUCCACCAUCACAUCCUUCACCACCUCCGUGGCCCUGGACUAUGAAGAGAUGCUCACUGCCACAGCCACAGCAGUGACAGUCAGCCGUGAGCAGCCCUCACCAGCGACCGAGGUGGUCACCACUGUGCUCAUCACUGCCGAGAUGGAAAGUGGCGGCGUGAGGUUGGCGAACGGCAACGGGAGCUGCCGCGGUCGGGUGGAGGUGCGGCACGGCGGGACGUGGGGCACGGUGUGCGACGACGACUGGGACUUCCCCGACGCGCAGGUGGUUUGUCGGCAGUUGGGAUGCGGGGCCGCCGUCUCCGCCACCGUGCUGGGUUCUUUCGGGUACGGCAGCGGGCCGGUGCUGCUGGAUAACGUGGGGUGCGACGGGCACGAAGAGAGCCUGGCCGACUGCUUCCACCUGGGAUGGGGGCAACACAACUGCGGCCAUCACGAGGAUGCGGGUGUUGUGUGCCGAGGUGCUGACGACUCAGGAAACCACUUCCAAGAAGCCACUGUUGCCACCACCACGUCGGCCCCGACCCAUCUGGAGGAUGGGUUCUUGCGCCUGGUGAACGGCAGCCAUCGGUGCGAGGGCCGCGUGGAGAUGUUCUACCUGUCCCAAUGGGGCACGGUGUGUGAUGACGGCUGGGACCUGAGGGAUGCCAAGGUGGUGUGCAGGCAGCUGGGCUGUGGGCACGCCAUGGCGGCGUGGGGGGAAGCAUAUUAUGGCCCCGGCACCGGUUACAUCUUCCUCGACAACCUCAAGUGCAAAGGCAGCGAGCCCUCACUGCUGCACUGCUCACACAUCCAAUGGGACGUCCACAACUGCGACCACUCGGAGGAUGCCGGUGUGGUCUGCAGCCUCCUAUGACCACCCGCCCAUAGGGACCCUCCUGGAGCACAUGGAAUGCAUGCAUGGCUCCUCUGCAGCGUGAGCUGCUCUGCUCUGCAACAAGGGGCUGCCCUGCUCUGCAGCAUGCUGUGAUGCAGCGCUGUUUCCACCUGAACAGGAGAAUCACCCCUGCAGAUCUGCUUAAGGAAGGGUUUGCUUCACACCGAGGGUCCCAUGGUCUCCCCCCUCCCGUUUCUAUAUUUGUACAAUUCCUUUGUUUAUAACAGGUUUCUUACAUGGUUUUGGUUUUUUGGGGGGUGUUGUUUUGUGAAUAAAUAACCCCCCUUUUCA